ACUCUUGGGAAAACAGAAAUAAAGAAAAGGCGAAUUGUUGGAAAUAAUAAUGGUGUUUUAAUUAAUAAAAUCAUCCAAACAAGAAAAGAGAAAGUCCUAGAUAAACUCAGUUUUUUUACACGUGGCGACCCUGCUUAAAAAACCAGAAAAAAGGCUGAGAUGGCGGAGGAAAAAGGAGAUAUCCCAGAUCUAAAAGCCAAGGUGAGGACAGUCUCGAGACGCCAUUUUUCUAAAUCUGCAAAUGUGUUAGAGUCUUUAAUAAAUGCUUGUCGCAUGGACGUCAGCAAACAAGAAGAGAUGCAAGCAUGUCAUAGAGUUGUGAAAGAUAACUACAUUCAACUCACGAAUUACGACACCGAAAUUCAGCAUGCAAUCAUUUCAUCGGAGCCUUUCGAUGAGGUUCGGUUAGAAAAUGAAAUAUCUGACGCUGGAAAAUACCGUGCAAGGUGGAGCUUACUUGACACCAAGUACAGCAAUUUAUUAAAAACAUUCACGAAAUCGAACCACGAGGCAAAUGAAAAUAGACGCUUCAAACUACCAACGUUAGAUGUCAAAAAAUUCGACGGCCACAUAAAGAAUUGGUUACCAUUCUGGGGUCAAUUUAAGAAAAUCGAUGCUGAUGAUUCCAUUGACGAAUGUGACAAACUGCAAUAUCUGUGCCAGAGCAUGGAACCCGGCACAGGUGUAAGGAAGUUUGUCGAAAAUUUUCCCAUUCAACAAAAAAGCUACAUAAGUUGCUUGGAGGAACUAAAAUCGAGGUAUGCCAGAGAGGACUUACUUAUACAGCUGUAUGUUAGAGAGUUGUUAACACUGGUUUUGAAGAAGGAGAACAAUUUAACCUAUUUGUAUGACAACAUCUGCAGCCAUCUUAGGUCCCUUGAAGUUCUAAAUGUUACCAGCGACAAAUAUUCACCUUUCCUGCUGCCAAUUGUGGAGUCAGCUCUACCCUCUGAUAUUUUAAGAGUUUGGGAGAGACAGAAGCCUGACAAGGUAGGUGAUGAACUCAGCAGUCUGUUGGAAUUUAUUAAAAAGGAAGUAGAGACCAGCCAACGCAUUACACUGGCUAAUGAUUUUGAUGUAACUUCCACUAAAGCUGAACCAACAGCAGCAUGCUUGACAGUUAAUAAUCAACCUAUGGCCAAGAAGCAGGUUGAAUCAAAAUGUAUUUUCUGUGAUCGAGGACAUCCAAGCACUGAAUGUUUUAAAGUAGCAAAUAUGUCUGUGGAAGAACGGAGAGAAGUGCGGCGGUAUAAAGGUUGGAGAUGUAGUUUUGGUUGAGUCGGAAGAGAGGAGGGUAAAAUGGCCACUUGGUUUAGUUGUCCAGGUUUACACAGGUAAGGAUGGAGUGGACAGGACUGCUAAGGUUAAAACAAUGGCUGGGUUUAAAGUACGCCCUUUCCAAAGGUUGUACCAAUUGGAACUUUCUUCUUCUGAGGUGGAAGAGAGACAAGAAGUCGCAGACGGACACAACUCAUUAGGUAAGCAAUAUUAUAUUGUUUUAAACCCUAGCAGCACAGUUAGCAACAAGAGAGCUGCGGUUGCAGAGCUGGAUGACGGGCCGACCAUCAGACAGAAGGCAGUCACGGCAACCAGACUUGGCCGAAUUAUUAAAUUGCCAAGCAAGUAUAGUAUUUAAUUUUUCCUUUACAUAUUUUACUGUCCAUAUUGUAAUCUGUUGUGAAACAAAUUUUGCUGUCUGUCAAUAUGAUUUGGUUAUAUUUUAAUACAAUAAGGUUGUAACAUGGUUAAGUAAUUUGUCAGGUGACAAAGUUUGAAUGAGGACUUGUUUUAAGUGUAUAAGAAUUCAGAGGCUGACUA